GCCCUCCUGCGGACCGUGCGGUGCCGCCGCGCAGUUGCCGCCCGGCGGUGCGGGGACAGGUGGGGCUCGCUGCUGCCACGUGAGUGGAUCCGGCGGGAGCGGGAAACCGGAGCGCGGGGCUCUGCGGUCAUCUUGGGAACAGGAGUCUUCGCGUCCUUCCGCAGGGCAGCAUCAUAAAAAUCAAGUGAAAAUGGCCUUUAGCAAUCUGACAUCAAAGGCUAUACUACUGUAUGAUGAAUGGAUUAAAGAUGCCGAUCCAAGACUGGAAGGCUGGCCACUUAUGUCUUCACCUUUUCCAACAACUUUUAUCAUUGGAACCUAUGUUUAUUUUGUCACUUCCUUGGGACCCAAACUCAUGGAAAAUAAAAAACCUUUUGAACUCAGGCAGAUCAUGACGUUUUAUAAUUUUAGUGUUGUAGCCCUCUCUUUGUAUAUGACUUAUGAAUUUCUUAUGUCAGGCUGGGCCACAGGAUACUCAUUCCGGUGCGAUAUUGUUGACUACUCAAGGUCACCGACAGCUCUAAGAAUGGUGCGAACUUGUUGGCUUUACUUCUUUUCCAAGUUCAUUGAAUUAUUAGACACUAUAUUUUUUGUGCUGCGUAAGAAAAACAACCAAGUUACAUUCCUGCAUGUCUUUCAUCAUUCCAUUAUGCCAUGGACCUGGUGGUUUGGAGUCAAAUUUGCUGCAGGUGGUUUAGGAACAUUUCAUGCUUUGCUGAACUGUAUUGUACAUGUUGUCAUGUACACUUACUAUGGAAUCUGUUCUUUGGGACCAGCCUAUCAUAAAUAUUUGUGGUGGAAAAAGUACAUGACAACUAUACAACUUGUCCAAUUUAUUAUGAUUACAGUCCAUAUAGGACAAAUCUACAUCAUGGAUGAUUGUCCGUACCAGUAUCCAAUUUUCAUGUUUAUUAUCUGGCUUUAUGGCUCCAUGUUUUUAGUCUUGUUUCUCCACUUCUGGUACCAUGCUUACACCAAGGGACAAAGACUGCCAAAAACGGCAAAAAAUGGCAUCAGCAAAGAUCAGUGAAACAAAUUCUUGUCUCUAAAACCAAAGAAGUGUAUAUGUCAAUGGGGAAACUUGCACUGCUUGACAAUCAAGACAUUUAAGUGCGCACACUACAUGGUGUAUAUUUUGUAUGUUUUCUUCCAAAACAGAAUUUGUAUUUUUACCGUAAGUUAUUUGGGAUUCAGAGCUUGGGAGUGGGGAAACACUGUGUAUCUCUGAUUAAAAAAGAAAGAGAUCUCUAUCUAGAAAAUGCACAAAAAUAAAGAUAAUUGGAAAAACUAAAAUGUGUAUGACAAGUACUGAGUACUUUGAACACACUUUGAGGGGGAUAAAAAAUACUUCACUUUAAAUGUUGUAAGUUGCUAAGACUGUCAGAUGCAUUUUAUUAUAAGAAUGAUUCUUCAGUAAAUACUGUUUAUAGAAUCUAAGGUAUAUUAAUAUAGUUAAUACAUAAACAUUCUUACAUCUGUUUUUACUUUAAAGGAAGGAUUGUAUGUUAAUCUGUCAAGACAUAGCGUUUCAUUUGAAGAUCACAGAUUUUUGAGUAUACUCUCUUUUACUAGGAGAACUGAAUUCAUUUCACAUUCUACUCAGAUGAACAUUAUCAUAAAUGUUGGAAAGCUACUAAUAUGGGGAUUAUCUGAAUUGUCUUGUAGCAUAGUGAUCAAAACAUCUUACUGAUUUGUUCACUGUAGUAGCCAAAUAUUCUUGUUAUUCAGUGUGUCUAUGGAUAUACUUUAAAUUGCUAGCCUGUGCUGUUUGUGAAGUGGGUCUAGGAGGAUUAUGGAUAAUUCAAUAGUCAAAAUCUUAGUAGUCAAAUAAAAUGGAAAAAAAAAUUGAUUUAAUGAUUUAAGCUGAAAUGUUGCUUACCAUGAUUGUAUUGUGCUCUACUUUCUUCCAUUUCCAUUAUCUAUUGAAAUACAUGUCUAGAAAAAG